GUGUCCGGAACAAGAUUCUGUUAAAUUCAAUAAUAUAGUAAAAUAGAUCUUUUUAAAUUAAAAAAACAUUGUAUCGUUAAAUAAGUGAAAAUGGUGAAGGAUAACAAGAAGGGACAUACGUAUAUACAAUGGAUAUUCGCAUUAUUAGCAAAUAUAACACUCCUUGCAUACGGCAUGGAGUGUGGUUGGAUCUCCCCCACUACUAAGAUCCUGCAGUCUGAAGCUUCUCCUACUGGUUACCCUUUGUCAGACAAUAUGGUGUCUUGGAUAGCUAGUGCGAUGAGCAUGUCAGCCAUAUUUGGUGUAUCACUUUAUUCAUACAUAGCGGAUGCUUUUGGGAGGAGGAUUGGCAUUAUUCUAAUAGCUAUUCCAGAAGCGAUCUCAUGGAUAAUCAAAUUAUCAUAUUCAUCUACAACAACCCUCAUAAUAUCCAGAAUGUUUGCUGGUUUAGCAGCUGGAGGUUGUUUUAACAUAGUGCCGAUGUACGUCAAGGAGAUCAGUCAAGAUGACAUGAGAGGGGUCCUUGGUACCUUGCCCAUGCUUCUACAAACAGUGGGAUUACUUAUCAUGUACAUAAUAGGAGCAUAUUUGAGCUAUUUCACAGUCAUCUGGGUGGUACUGUCGUUGCCAAUAUUGACGAUCUUACUUUUGCUGAAAGCGCCAGAAUCUCCUGCAUUUCUAGUUAACCGAGGGAAAAUAAAUGAAGCAAUUGAAACAGUUGCAUUUCUGAGAGGCCUAGAAAAGGAUGACAAAAUUGUACAAAGCAUAGUGGAUAGUAUGAAGAAAGAAGAUGAACACUUUAAAACUCUACCUAACAUCAGUAUUUUAAGUAUUUUAAAAGAACAUUCGUGGCGACAUGGUCUCAUUCUUUGUUUAUUCUGUUUUGUGUUUCACGGAUUAAACGGGUCUUAUGCUAUUAUGACCUACGCUUCGACUAUUUUGAUUUCUACUGGAGUGAAGUUCGACAUAAGUCCAGAAAUACAGACACUCAGUUUUCCUAUUGUUAUUAUCAUCAGCGCUUUAGCACUUGCAGCUUGUGUGGAAAAAUGUGGAAGGAAGCCACUUCUAGUCGGUUCGUAUCUAAUAUCUGCGUGCUCCAUGACAGCCAUAGCAGUAAUGAUGGUGCUACAAAAGCAAGUCAUUGUUGUGCCGAGCUGGCUGCCGGUCACCACCAUGAUGUUAGCGGUAGCAAUGUAUGGAGGCGGGAUAUCGCCGCUUCCUUACAUCAUUAUGACCGAAAUGUUUAGCUUUCAAGUUCGAGCCAAGGUUGUAGGUAUAGCGGUAACGUUCGGUUGGCUCAUGACAUUCACCCUAGUCACGAUUUACACGCCAAUGUGCAAUGCCUUCGGACAGUUCUCACCGUUCGUGUUCUAUGGCGCUAUCAACUUCGGGGGGGUUAUUUUCACUGCUAUAUUCAUACCGGAAACAAAGGGGAAAAGCGAAGAAGAAAUCUUUGAAAUUUUGAGCAAAAAGAAGGAUACAAAAACGCAAAAUGUGAUUUAA